CGAUGAUCCACUCGCGGCGACUCGUGACAACGAUCGCUGGCCUUGGCCUCGCGAGCGCGAGCGCAUGGAUGUACUCGGACGAGGACAUGGCGCCUCUCGUCGUCGAGAGCCCGACGAAGAAGUCGAAGCGCAGCCGCAACAACAGCCUCAACGGGCCAUGGGACGCCAAACGCCAUGGCAUCGAGCAGAGCUACUUCCGCAAGGUCGGCGACUACCUCGCGUCCGCGACCGUCCAAGCAUCGACGGCGUAUGUCUCCCUUGCAGGGCGUGGCAACCAGGCGCUCGACGUGGCCGACCGCGGACACCCGCAGCUCGACGCCAAGCAGUUGAUUGCCAGCAGCAACUUUGAUCUACUCCUCAACCUCGUCGCGAGCGAUACCAACAACACAGUACACGACGACACGUACAAAGCAAUCAACCGUGCGGCCGAGCGCAACGUCGAAUGCGCGGCCGCGAUCGCCGAGCGGGCGACGCGGUACGGCAAGCAGGCGCUCGUGCACCUCGCACGGCGCAACGACCUCGAUGGACGCCUUGGCGACGCGCUCCGCGGACUGACCGUCCUCAACGGCAACGAAUGUCGGUUCGGGCCUGCGAACCUCACAUCACUCGUCGCACUCGUAUGCGCCAGCGACCUCCCACCGUCCUACGCCGAGUUUGCGUGGUGGGCCCUCGCUGCUAGUGCGAGCGACCGCGCGCUCACGUCACGCUACCGGUGGCGCAAAGCGUGGUUUGGCGACGAUCGCGUUGCUCGGACGCGGUCCGUCCUCAUGAAGAACCCGUACAUCUGGUCGGCGCUGCUCGCAACCGACGCCGCCAGCCCCGAAGUGCAGCUCCAAGCCUCAUCGCUCGUCAAAGAACUCGUCAAGUCCUCCACCAUGACGACCUGCCUCGACGAUGAGAAACUCGACUUGAUCUGGGAGUGGUUUGUCACGGACGAUGACGUACCGCUCAGCCUCAACGCCAUCGAGACGCUUGCGGUCGUUGCAUCGGACCCUGCGUGGCGCGCCAAGGUGCUCAGCCGCGGCUUCCUCGACCAGCUGCACCACAAGAUGCACGGAACGAAGGACCCGCGCCUGGCCGCCGCGGUCCUCCGCGCUGUCCACGCAGUCGCGUUUCACCACGCGUCGUCGGACCUGGACGCCCACGCGCUCUCGCGCUUUGACGACGGCGUCAGCGUCCUCGACGACGAUUGGCUCGGCGGCUCCGAAGCCGUCGACGAGCCCACGUAUGUGGCCGGCUGGAUCGACCUCUUCACCUCGUACCUUGGGCACGACGAUGUUGACAUUGCGCGCGAAGCUGUCCGGUGCCUCGAGGCUCUCUCGACCACAGGCAGCUACAAGAGCCAAGGGGUGCAAGAGUGGCUUAUCGCUGUGCUCGACCAAGUCCUUCGCAAUGUGCCCCAUGAAGUCGCAACGCAGGCCAGCACGGUACGCGCGGCCCGGAGUCGGACGCGACCGCUCCAGAACGCGCCCCCGAACAAGCCAAAUGAGUAUCUGGACGCGCACACGCGGGCACUGCGCGCCCUUGCGUUCGUGAUCGAACGGCCCGAGUGCCAAGGCGCGUUUGUCAAAGCCGGCGGCCUCUCGCUGCUGCACGCAAUGGCGGCGUCGCUCGAGACGAACGGCCCGUCGACCGCCAAGUUUCAACUCGAGUGGGCCCGCGUCCUCGCCAACCUCGCGUCCAGUGCCAACAUACAUUGGCACGUCAAGAGCGAGCUCCAGCGCGGUGUGUGGACGUCGGCGCUCACGACGCUCGCACAGUCCUCCAACAUCCAAGUCCAAAUGCAAGCUCGGCGAGCCCUCCACAAUCUCUCGAUGGUCACCAUGGUCCGUGACAAGCAGGAUGCCAACGAUGAGGACGAAGACGCAAUCGAGCAAAUGCCCCAAGAGAACGUGGUGUACCUCGAAGGCGUCCACCCGAUGCUCGGUGCCCCGACCGAAGGGCCGCCGGCUGCAUAUGACGUCGACGUUGUCUUCAUCCACGGCCUUCUUGGCUGUGCGUACGAGACGUGGAUCGGCGGCGACAACAUCCACGCGCCCGACGCGUCGACGCCCGUCUGGGCCAACGACUGGCUCGUCGCCGACCUCCGCGCCAAAGGGCUCUCGCCCCGAGUCGUGUCCCUUGGCUACGAUUCCAAGAUCUUUGCGUCCGAGUCCAACUUUGAGACGCUCUGUCUCGAAGAUACGAGCCGCGAUUUGCUCCAGAAGCUCCAGAAAGCCCAGGUGGGUACGUCCAAUCGGCCGGUCGUGUUUGUGACGCACAGCUUGGGCGGCAUCGUCCUCAAGAAGAUGCUCAGUGACGCGCCGGACCACGACAUGGCGUCCUUGCCCGAGGCGACGUCCGGCAUGAUGUUUUACUCGACGCCGCACCACGGGUCGCCGGUGGCCGUCGCCCUCCAGCGCAUCAACGUCAAGAGCCUCAACCUCGCGCACCCGGUCGUCGCCGACCUCCACGGCACGCCGCGUCUCAAGCAUCUCAACGAGUGGUGCGCGGCCUUUGCGGCCGAGAAGGGCGCCAACCUCCACGUGCUCAGCGUCGGCGAGACGCGCCCGAUGAAGAUCCCGAUCGUCGGCGUCGAGGCCGUCGUUGUGCCCGAGGCGUCGUCCAACCCGGGCUUUGGCGAGUACGUACGGCUGGACGACGCCGACCACAUUGACGUCUGCAAGCCCAAGUCCAUCGACGACGUGCGGUAUACGCUGGCCCGCGACUUCAUCCUGCGGUCCGUCCCGCGUCCAAGCAACAACGACGACCAUGGCGACGGCCACGACACUCAUAACUUAUAAAUACAGACGCGUCAUAUUAUCAGGA